GAAAUUCAUGAUCCUCCAACGGAAGUGACGUAGGCGGAAGGGCGGAAGUGUGGAAACAUGACAAGGAAGGAACGAUGAACUCUCUUCGACGAUGGUUCUACAAACCAAAGCGAGAAGAUAGCUGCUGGCUGGCCCAGUUUUACUGGGCCGAUCAGGAACUCAACGUGGUAGCAACCGAGCUGGAUAGCUUUGACGGCCGAAAAGACCCAGAACGGUGCUCGGCCCUCGUGAACCAGUUGCGGCUCUGCCAAGACAGGGUGGUGGGCAUCUGCCAGGCAAUGAUGGAGGAAGCCAUUCCGGGGGAGCGAGCCAGCCGAGACUUUCGCUGCAAGUUUCCAGACGACGUAUUGCAGGAGAACCUUUCGGGAUUGCUGUGGUUCGGCGCCGAGUGCCUGGCGGCGGGUUCCAACAUCCUGAACCGUGAACGUGAGAGUGCCAACAUGCGGCCCCUGGCCAAAGCGCUGACGCGUUCCUUGGACAACGUGCGCUGCCUCCUGCGGGAGCAGUGCCUACGCAACCCCCACGAAUACCCCGUCCAAGUGUGCCAUGCUCUACGCACGUUUGAUAGACUCUUUGCAGAGUUUGAGUUGAGUUAUGUGAGCGCCAUGGUGCCCAUCAAGUCUGCCCAUGAGUACCACCUGCAGCAAGAGGUGGUGGUGCUCUUUUCCGAGACUUUACAGCGGGCCAUGGAGAUGAAACUGGUGGACAAGGAGAUGGUGGACGGCUGUGACCCCGCCCUCAUGUUCACUAUCCCGCGACUGGCCAUCGUGGCGGGUCUGCUGCUCUUUCCGGAAGGACCCUUGGACGUCACCAACCGACAGCCGCUCCAUCUUUCGCAACUCUAUCGCCCCUUCUACAACCUCCUGUGCAAAAUUCGGGAGUUGCUGCAGAGCCUCUCACGGGAAGAGUUGUGGCGCUUGGAGAAGACCCUCUGCCAGUUGGAUGCUGAUGCUCGAGGAGACCUGGUGCAUAGCUUGUUUGUUUGCAUUGCCGGGGUGGCUGAUCAGCUGCAGACAAACUUUGCCAGCGAAAUGCGACACAUCCUCAAACAAGUAUUCGCGAUUAAUGCUCCGAAUGGCUCCCAGUCCAAAGAGGAACGGCCCGACGAUCGAGCUCCAUCCUGGUUGCCAGAUGAGCUCAUCUCAAACUGCAUGGAAUGCAGCGUGCAGUUCACUAUCCUGCGGCGGAGGCACCACUGUCGGAGGUGUGGCAAGAUCUUCUGCUCCCGUUGCAGUUCAAACACACUGUGCCUCCCUCAUUAUGUCAAGCCCGUGAGGGUCUGCAAUUCUUGUUUUGUGCGUCAUUUCAUAUUCUAGUCGUGCCAAAAUUUAUUUCAAUAAACACGUUUUGCACAAAUAUCAA